AUGGUUGACGAAUUACACAACCGUCUACUUCAUCAAGGCAAUGGCACUAAGGAUGCCAUCCUUUAUAAAAUAAUAGAAUCGUUAGUUUGUUCCAUCUGCCAUGAUUAUAUGUUUGUACCGAUGAUGACACCUUGUGGUCAUAAUUAUUGUUACGGAUGUUUAAAUACCUGGUUUGCUAGCAAUACUCAAAAAGAAUUAGCUUGUCCACAGUGCAGAUCAGACAUAACAACUAUUCCAGCAUUGAAUACAACAUUACAACAAUAUUUAUCAUUUAUUUUGGACAAACUAAGUAGUGAAAAUGAUGAGUCUUUUAAAAAACUUUUAACUACUAAAAUCAGGGAGGAAACCGAUUACAAGCUUGAUAAGGAAAAAGACACUUUAUUUGAAAAAGUAUUUAAGAAUAGUGCAUUAGCAGUGGCCGACGAUUCAGAUGACGGUAUCACACGUUGUAGUAAUUGUCAUUGGGAAUUAGAUCCUGACGAAGUCGAAGAUGGAAAUGUUUGUCCUCACUGCAAUGCCAGAAUAAGGAAUUAUGCAGGUGGCCGUGACGAAUUCGAUGAAGAAGAAUACAGUGAAGGAGAACUGGACGAAAUUCGAGAGAGCAUGCGCAGGCGUAGAGAGGAUCAAUUUACGUCCACUGAUCCGUUUGCCAAUAGAGAUGAUAUAAGUUCCGAAGAAGAUAGCAGCAGUGAAGAAGAGCCUAUGCGGGAACAUAUCCCUCAAGGUCGUUGGGCCAGCUCACAUAAUCGUAGCAUCGCCGUAGAUGCUGUAGAUGAUGAAGAGGAUGAGGAAGAACUAGAGGAAGAUGAGGAAGACAUGGAUUCUGAUCUGAAAGAUUUUAUAGAGGAUGAUGAGGACGACGAAGAUGAAGAUGGCAGUAGAAGGAAUUUGAUACUGUCUGCACUCAAUAAUAGACAAGUAAUCAUAACUGAUGAUGAGGAAGAUGAGGGACGGGAACAUACCACAGAUGAGGAAGAGCACGACAGUGAUUUUUACGAGCACAAUGAUGAAGGAUUUGCAAGUGGCGAUAGUCUUGAUGAAGACCGGAAAGAAGCUAUUCAGGUGCAAUCAAGUUCUGACUCCGAAGAUCGUUCAAUUUCUUAUCCUAGCUCUAGUGAUGUCAAAGAUAAAGACGAACCUGACACCGAAGACUUCGACGAUCUGCAACCAAGAAGACAAAAGCGAUUCCGUGUUGUCCUAGGAGAAAGUGAUGACGAAUGA